AUGUUUUACUGUUCCACAGUGGCUGCUUUGGAGGCUCGACAAAAGGGCCGGUCUGCAGAAGGGCCGGCGGUGAUUCUUAGCAUCGGAACUGCGGUGCCUCCCUAUGUGCACGAGAUGGGGUCGUACGCCGAUUACUACUUUGACGAGACCAACUGCAACCACAAGCCAGAGCUGAAGGCGAAGUUCAAGCGCAUCUGCGAUAAGAUGCACAUUAGCAAACGUCACAUGGUAGUGCGGAAGGAGCUCCUGGCGCAAUACCCCUCUCUGGGAACAUACCUCAACAACAGCCUGGAGGACCGCCACAAGGUGUGCAUGGAAUGGGUACCGAAGUUGGCAGUUGAGGCAGCUGAGAACGCAAUCAAGGAAUGGGGCGGGUCACUCUCACAGAUUACCCAUAUUGUCAUGGCGACUACAAGCGUCGUUAACAUGCCCGGAGUAGAUCUUCUCGUUGCCAAAGCGCUCGGCCUCUCACCCAAGCUGCGCCGCGUGAUGAUGUAUCAAACAGGAUGCUGGGGAGGAGCCGCGAUCAUUCGGGUGGCAAAAGACAUCGCCGAGAAUAACAAGGGGGCACGUGUUCUUGUUGUCGCAAGCGAGUGUACUGCAACCUUCUUCCGCGCCCCUAGUGAGGAAUAUCUCGAUGGACUGGUGGGCCAGGCAUUGUUCGGCGACGGCGCUGGAGCACUUGUCAUCGGCGCUGAUCCCAACCCCGACACUGAAAGGACUCUAUACGAGAUUCAGUGGAGCGGGGAGAUGGUGGUACCUGAUAGCGAGGGCGCCAUCGAUGGCCACAUGAUGGAGGCCGGCAUGUACUACCACCUCAAGCCAGACAUCCCGAAACUAGUCUCCCGCAGCAUCGAGGAGUUCGUUUCCGACGCCACCGCUCAAGCAGGAAAUGCCGACGUCAACGACUUGUUCUGGGCUGUACACCCCGGAGGCGUCGCCAUUCUCAAUCAGAUCGAGAACCAGCUGAUGCUCUCUCCUGAGAAGCUGCUCGCCAGUCGGGAGAUUCUGGCCGACUAUGGCAACAUGGCCAGUGCGUGCGUGCUUUUCGUCUUGGAUCAAGUCCGAAACUGCUCGAUCAAAGCCAAAGCAUCCACUACCGGGGAAGGUAGGGACUUCGGAUCGCUCAUCGGCAUCGGCCCAGGGCUCACGAUGGAAUGCUGUGUGCUGAAGUCUGUUCCACUUGAUAAUUAGCCUUGACGUAUUGCAGGAAUUUUUUGGACUUUUUUUUAAAACUUAGAAAGUGAUUCAGUCUCGGGGAUAACUGGUGAAAGCUUCCUAUAAUUUGUCAUCUUAAACGGCUUCAGUAUAGUAAGUUUGACAGCUGCGAGGACUGGGCAGGCCAUUGCCGAACUCGAGUCACCGUUGUGAUGACGAACUGCCAAUGCAGCUUGCACUUGACCCAUGCUUGUCAAGGAUCUCGUAUCAAU